GACGGUGAGGAACAGCGAGUCUGUGAAACGAGGAACGAAAUUGGUCGCGCGCGGGAAUCAGCGGUUGUGUGUUUGGCCUUUUUCUGAUUGUGAUUUACUGCGAGAGAUUGUGAUUGCUAGUGUGAAACGUGUGUUUUUUACCUACGAAUUGAGAAUCUGCGUGUGGGAGUUGAUGCGGGUGUAUGAAAAUUGGAUAAUUUACAAUAAAUAAUGGCAACUUUAGCAGAACAAGCAUCUAAGCUUCUGGAUUUUAAUCAGAAGUUAGACAUAACACUUCUUGAUAAUAUAGUAGGUUGUAUGUACACUGGAAUAGGUGAGCAACAGAGAGUUGCACAGGAAGUAUUAACUACACUUAAAGAGCAUCCAAAUGCAUGGACCCGUGUAGAUACUAUUCUAGAAUAUUCACAGAAUCAACAAACAAAGUAUUAUGCUUUACAAAUAUUGGAACAAGUUAUAAAGACACGAUGGAAAGUAUUACCACGAAAUCAGUGUGAAGGUAUAAAAAAAUAUAUUGUAGGCCUUAUCAUAAAAACAAGCAGUGACCCAGAAACAAUGGAAAGUUCUAAAGUUUAUCUUAAUAAACUUAAUAUGAUUUUAGUUCAAGUUUUAAAACGAGAAUGGCCAAAAAACUGGGAAUCCUUUAUUGGUGACAUUGUUGGGGCAAGUAAAACAAAUGAAAGUCUUUGUCAAAAUAAUAUGGCAAUUUUAAAAUUACUAUCAGAAGAAGUAUUUGACUUUUCUAGUGGACAAAUGACACAAACAAAAGCAAAACAUUUGAAAGAUACUAUGUGUAGUGAAUUCUCACAUAUUUUUCAUCUUUGUCAGUUUGUAUUGGAUAAUUCACAAAAUGUUCAACUGGUGGCAGUUACAUUAGAAACUCUUUUAAGGUUUUUAAAUUGGAUUCCUCUGGGAUAUAUUUUUGAAACAAAAUUAAUAAGCACUUUAGUAUUCAAGUUUUUAAAUGUACCAAUAUUCAGAAAUAUUACAUUAAAAUGCUUAACCGAAAUUGCUGGUGUCACAGUAACAACUUAUGAUGAUGUAUUUGUAAUGUUAUUUGUUAAUGUAAUGCGACAGUUAGAACAGAUUUUACCCCUUGAUACAAAUAUACGUGAAGCAUAUGCAGCAGGUCAAGAUCAAGAACAAAAUUUCAUUCAAAAUCUAGCUAUAUUUUUAUGCACAUUUUUAAAAGAGCAUGGGCAAUUUAUAGAGAAAAAACAAUUAAAUGAAUUGCUACUCAAAGCAUUGCAUUAUCUUGUUUUAAUUUCUGAAGUUGAAGAAGUUGAAAUAUUUAAAAUCUGUCUGGAAUAUUGGAAUGCAUUAGCAAUGGAUUUAUAUAGAGCAAAUCCUUUUGUGUCUCCAACACCAUUAUUUGUGGUUAAAAAUAUAACACUCCCAUCUAGAAGAUUAUUUUAUUGUCCUGUUUUAACAAAAGUACGAUAUAUUAUGAUCAGUAGAAUGGCUAAACCAGAAGAAGUUCUUGUUGUAGAAAAUGAAAAUGGAGAAGUUGUUAGGGAAUUUAUGAAAGAUACUGAUUCUAUUAAUUUAUAUAAAAAUAUGAGAGAGACUCUUGUAUAUCUUACUCAUCUUGACUAUAUAGAUACUGAAAGAAUAAUGACAGAAAAGUUACAAAACCAAGUUAAUGGAUCAGAAUGGUCCUGGAAAAAUCUUAAUGCGUUGUGCUGGGCAAUAGGUAGUAUUUCUGGUGCAAUGCAUGAAGAAGAUGAAAAGCGAUUUUUAGUAACUGUUAUCAAAGAUCUCCUUGGUCUUUGUGAACAAAAGAAAGGCAAAGAUAAUAAAGCUAUUAUUGCUAGUAAUAUUAUGUAUGUAGUUGGGCAGUAUCCAAGAUUUCUCAGAGCACAUUGGAAAUUUCUGAAGACUGUUGUAAAUAAACUCUUUGAAUUUAUGCAUGAAACUCAUGAUGGUGUGCAAGAUAUGGCCUGUGACACAUUCAUAAAAAUAGCAUUGAAAUGUAGGCGACAUUUCGUUACACCUCAAACAGGAGAAUUGGUACCAUUUAUUGAAGAAAUUCUUUCUACUAUUAGUAGUAUCAUAUGUGAUCUCCAAACACAACAGGUACAUACAUUUUAUGAAGCAGUUGGAUAUAUGAUAAGUGCACAGACUGAUACAGUAAUGCAAGAAGAAUUAAUAGAAAGAUAUAUGCUUUUACCAAAUCAAGUAUGGGAUGACAUAAUAAGUCAAGCAUCUAAGAAUGUAGAUGUAUUAAAAGAUCAAGAAGCUGUAAAACAACUUGCUAGUAUUUUGAAGACAAAUGUAAGAGCUUGCAAAGCUCUUGGGCAUCCAUACGUGAUACAAUUAGGAAGAAUAUAUUUAGAUAUGUUGAACGUUUAUAAGGUUAUGAGUGAAAAUAUAAGUGCUGCAAUAGCUUUGAACGGUGAAAUAGUAAUGGAACAAUCUCUGAUUAAAAGUAUGAGAGUAGUGAAAAAAGAAACAUUAAAAUUGAUCUCAGAUUGGGUCAGCAGAACAACUGAUCGUCAAAUGGUUUUAGAUAGCUUUUUACCACCAUUAUUAGAUGCUGUUUUAUUGGAUUAUCAAAAAACAAAUGUGCAUUGUGCUCGAGAACCAGAGGUGCUAAGUGCUAUAGCCACUAUCGUAAAUAAAUUAGAAUGUUAUAUUACCAGUGAAAUACCUAAAAUAUUUGAUGCUGUGUUUGAAUGUACUUUAGAAAUGAUAAAUAAAGAUUUUGAAGAAUUUCCGGAACACAGAACAAAUUUCUUUUUACUUUUACAGGCAGUGAAUGUUUCUUGUUUCUCUGCAUUUCUUAUAAUUCCACCAGCACAAUUUAAACUUGUACUUGAUUCUAUAAUUUGGGCUUUUAAGCACACAAUGAGAAAUGUUGCAGAUAUAGGACUACAAAUAUUAUAUCAACUCUUACAAAAUAUUGAAGUUUCUACUCCCGAUGCUCAAAAUUUCCAUCAGACGUAUUUCACAGAUAUUCUUCAACAUAUAUUCAGUGUAGUUACAGAUUCGUCACACAUUGCAGGCCUUAAUAUGCAUGCUACAAUUUUGGCAUACAUGUUUUCGUUGGUUGAACUUGGGAGAAUUAAAGUUCCAUUAGGACCUGUACCAGAUAACACAUUAUAUGUUCAAGAAUUUGUUGCAAGAUUGCUUAAAACAGCAUUUCCACAUUUAACUGAUAAUCAAAUUAAAAUAACUGUACAAGGUUUAUUUAAUCUUAAUCAAGAUAUUCCUGCAUUCAAAGAACAUCUUAGAGAUUUCCUUGUUGAAAUUAGGGAAUAUACUGGUGAAGAUGAUUCAGAUUUAUAUCUUGAGGAAAGAGAAACUGCAUUACGGUUAGCACAAGAAGAAAAAAGGCUACAACAAAUGGCAGUACCAGGAAUACUUAAUCCUCAUGAAAUACCAGAAGAGAUGCAGGACUGAAUUACCAGUUUUCUUCGUUACCUGCUUUCUGUACAUCUCAAUAAGAAACAUUCUGUUACACAGACUAUUGUAUCCUUUGAUCUGCGACUUUUCCCACAUGUACCACAAUUACCAUCAAGAUGGAUAUACAUUAUAUACUUUUUAAAGCCAAGUUUACAAUAUAACAUUCUUGUUAAGGAGGUAAGCCCGAAACGCGGUGAUUGUUUGUCUGUUAUACAAUUUUAAAAGAAUUGAAACUUCUGUUAUAAAUAACAGGUGAAUACAUGCUGAACAAUACUAUUUUAUACAGUGAAAAAAAUAACAUUUGUAUAUUGAUAUUUAGUACUAAUAACAAAUAUUUUUUUAAUAAAGACAUUCUUCUAUAAUCUCAUUUGGUAUUUAUAAUAUAUAUUAAUAUGUAUAAUAAAAUUGUGAUUUAUAUUAAAACAAGUUCUACAUAAACAAAGUUUUCAUAAAAAUUAUUAUUUCUUUUUAUUAAUAUAUCAGUACAAAUAUUAAUAUUAUAUAACAUUUAAUAUAAUUAAAGAAUAAUUUUAUUAUGAUAAAAAUGAAUAAUAAUAUUGUAUGUAAUAUUGGCGUGUAUAUUAUAUUUCGAGAUAUGAUUAAAAUCAUUUAUGAAAAUAAAUUAAAUUCAAAAUAUAACAUCUGAUUCAUAUUAAUAUAUAAAAUAGUAUUGCUUCAGCAUAUUUAGAGGAUGUUACAGGUAUAUGUGUGUGUUUGCAUAAAGUUGUAUGAUAAUGCUAUUAAUAUUGCUAUAUAUAGAUAUAUAGGUACAUAGUAUAUAAAUAUAUAUGAUCUGCAAGUCAUACAGAGAAAUUUUGUAAAUUAAACUACAUGUCAUAUAUAGCAUUUGUUUAAAUUUCACUUUUCUGAUAAUCCCUAUAUAUAUAUUCAUCAACGAUAAAUAUGUUCAAAAUAAAUCACUUUAUAUUUUUGUUGUAUUUAACUUCUAUAAGUAAAUUAAAAAAAUAUAUAUAUAUAUAAAACAUAUUUAACAAUUUUCUCUCAGUGCAUUAAAAUGUUUCUUUUUCUCUCUUUCUUUCUUUUUUUUUAAUAUUUUAUUAAUGCAAAUAGCUUAUAUAUACAUAUACGUACAUAUAUAUAUAUAUAUAUAUAUAUAUAUAUAUAUAUAUACACAUGUAUAUAUAUAUAUAUAUAUAUAUAUAUAUACAUAUAUAUAUAUUUUUUUUAAAUAACAUAGUCUGGGAGAAAGGUUUCUAAUAUUUAUGUCUUUUUAUAAAAUUUUGUUUAUAUAUCUACUACUAUUUUUUGAUUAUUACAUUAACAAAUUUAUAAUUCAAAAUUUAUAACAAAACAUUUCUUUAAAAAAAAUUAACUACUGAUAGUACUAUAUAAAAUUAAAAAUGAUUACAUUUUUGUUUUCUCUUUUAAAAAUUCUUAAAUAAUUAAAUAAUAUAAAAUAUUUUUCUUAUAUAAUGUUGCAUCAAGGAAAAAUCCUUAAUUAAAUUAUUAAAUUAAAAAAAAAAAUAACUGACUGUUAUUGUCAUGAUAGUAAAAAUUGGGAUAAAUGAUAAUCUUUUAAUUUAAUAAAAAUGCAAAUAUUAUUCUCAGAAAAAGGACAAAUUUUCUUAUCGUUCGAGCUUGCCUCCACCUCAAUAAAUGCUACAGGUGCUUGGUCUUACAAAUCACAAAUAAUCAUGAUGCAUGGUAACACAAUUUAAUAUGUGUCUAACACUGGUACAUGACCUAUAGAACUGUGAAGGUAGAUUGCUUAAUAAAUUUCGUAAAAAAAAAAAAAAAUGAAUGGAAAAAGAAGUUUGUGUGAAAAUAUAUCACAAAAGAAGAUAUAAAAAAACAUUUGACUUCGUUCGCAAAUUAAGAAUUACUUUUUACUAUUCGCAAUUUGAAUUUUUUAUUACAUAUUGAAAAUUUAUUUUGUCAAGAAUAGCAUUAUCACUAUGAAAAUAUUUAGCAUUGAUGCUGCAUUUUUCCAAAAUAAAUGGAAAAUGAAAGAGCAUCAUGGCAAGAAUAUAAUGAAUAUAUAUACCGUUAUGCAUUUUAAUAAAACGUCAACGAUUUGUAUCAUACAUGAGUGAAUCGAAGUAGCUCUACUUGGAACCCUGAAGCCAUUACAUUUGAUACUAUGCGACUCGGGUCUCAAGAUAAGCCACUAUUAUUUCAGGAGGAAAUGGGAAAAAGAAUAUCAAUGCCACUUGAUUUCAUUCUUUAUUAGUAAGCUGUAUUUAUUUGCAACCGGUAUUGCAAACAAAUGAAAAAAAAUUAACGGCAUUUUCAGACAAUUUGUGAUAUAUCUUGUAAACUUUUAUCACAAAAGAAAUAAUUUGUAUGGAUAGAUGUAAUAAGUUACAGAAUGUAUUUAGUCAUACAUAGUUGUAUGUGAUAAGACUACGUGUAAUGAGGAAAGUGCUUAAAAAUCGUAAGAUAUCUAAAUAAUAAUGAUAUCUAAAAUAAAGCUGCAACUAAAUGUUUUAUAAGCUGUUCGUUUGUUAUACGAGAAUCCUAAAUUUAACAAGUUUUUACAGUAUAAGUAAUUUUGGACGUAAAUAAGUACAGCUAAGAUUCAAAAAAUGAUAUACCUUUUUGGUUAUAUAACAAUAUUUGAUUGAUUAAAAAAUUUUUUGAAGAAAAAUUCAUUUUAUUUCUAAAUUAUUUGCGAUAAAAUUAAAAAUUGGAGAACUCUAUUAAAAAAAAUAAAGAGAUAUAUGUAAAAAAUAUUUAAUAUUAUAUUUUAUUGUUACACAAAAUUGCUUUAACUGAAUUAUUAAAAUUCAGAUUUUUAAAUAUUAUAAGAAUUCUAUAAUAAGAUUUUUUUAAGUACUCAAGAUAUUUGAAAAAAUAAUUUCCUUUCAUAUUGAUGCACUACAAAUAGAAAUAAUUAUUUAAUAUACUUAUGUUUAUCAUUACAGUACGAUAACAUAAUUUUAUAUUGAAAAAUGAUUGCAAAAAAGUCUCUUAUUCCCUCUAGAAUUUCGUUUAACUUGAAGAAAAGUUAAAAAAUAAAUUUUGUAAGCUGUUGAAUGAUGGCAUUAAUCUUAUAAGUUGUCAAGAAUCAUGUGACAUAGUUGUGAGUACUGAGUAACAUAAUUACGGAAUGGUCCAUCACGCGUGUUUGAAUGAAUGGAUGUAUAAGUUAAGAGUUCUAUCAGUUAUUCAUUAUAACGACAAAAAUAUGUAAAGAGUUUAAUAAUACUUACUAAUAAAAUAAAAAAUGCUACUAUAAUAA